UUUCCUUCCUUCCUUCCUUCUCGAACCAACGAAUUUCUCUCUCUCUCUCUCUUAUUUAUUUAUUUAUUUAUUUUUUAACUUUUUCUCUUUCUUAACUCCCAAAGAGACUUCUAGAAACAUCAAAUUCUAUUCUUUUUCAUCGUAGCUCGCCUAUGGUUUGAUUUUUUCGACCUGCUUGGUUCCUGAGAAAAUAAUAACAAACUACAGCAACAAUAAUAAUAAUAUUGAGAAAAAGUAUAAUUAACCUUUUAUAUUGCUUUGAUUGAAAGAAUCCUCGCUCGCUAUCUCAGGUAAUUAUGAUGAUAAUAAACACAGUAUUAUUUAUUUAAUUAUUCAUAAUCAAGAUACGGAAACGAGAAAAGCUUUAUUACGAGGAUUUGGUUAUUCUGAGUAAAGCCAUUACGUAGUAGUUGAAACAAUGGAAGCUUAGAUUUUUUUUUCUGGUUUUCUUUUUUUUUUUUUGGCAAAACGAAGUGAGGAAAUUAUUGUUGUUGAUAUUAUUUAAUGGAUAAAGUAGGAGAGGAAAACCUAAGUAAUUUGUAGAAAAAGUUGAUACCGUUGAGUUACGGUUGAGAUCUGUGAGAUUGAGUCUGGGCUACAUGGCGCCAUUGCCAGUCGAACAGAUUGGGGAGUCGGGACAUAGUGGUAGCGGCGGAGGCGGUGGUGGUGGUUAUAGCGGCGGAGGGGGUGGUGGUGGUGGCUGUAGUGGAGGAGCAGACUCUCAGAGGACACUUCCGACGCCAUUUUUGACCAAGACUUAUCAACUCGUUGAUGAUCCAGCCGUUGACGAUUUGAUUUCAUGGAAUGAUGAUGGAUCAAGCUUCAUCGUUUGGAGACCUGCUGAAUUCGCCAGAGAUUUGCUUCCGAAGUACUUUAAGCACAACAAUUUUUCUAGCUUCGUUCGUCAGCUCAACACUUAUGGAUUUCGGAAAGUAGUACCGGAUCGGUGGGAAUUUGCGAACGAUUGUUUCAGGAGAGGAGAGAAAGGACUCCUCCGUGACAUUCAACGACGCAAGAUCUCGCAGACGGGAACUGCUGCAGCUGCUACAGCUGCGGCGGCAGCAGCUGUUACCGUUGCGGCGGUUCCGUUGGCAGCGCUUGUUUCGCCGGCUAACUCCGGUGACGAGCAGGUGAUCUCCUCCAACUCUUCGCCAGUGGCUCCUCCAGUCGCUGCCGCGCACUGUAUGACCAAUUGUACGACGGUACCGGAGCUUGUGGAUGAGAAUGAGCGUUUGAGGAAAGAGAACUCGCAGCUGAGCCACGAGUUGACUCAGCUCAGGGGCUUGUGUAACAAUAUACUAACUUUGAUGACAAACUUUGCCUCCAGCCAGCUGGUAGCCGGUGGUGGAGGAGGUAUGCCGGCGGAGAAACCUCUGGAUCUUAUGCCUUCGUCGGAGGAUACUGCACAUAAGGGCGGAGCACCGUCGGGUUUGAACCCCGAGGGACCGAAGGAUGAAGAUGAGGACAUGAGACCGAAAUUGUUUGGGGUCUCGAUCGGGCUUAAACGCGCGAGAAAAGACGAAGAAGAGGAGGGAGAUGAGGGUGGCCAGAACCAGCAACAACCGAUUUUACGAGAUCUCGGACAAGACGUUAAAGCAGAGCCUUCGGAUGUCAACUCCUCUGACCAAAACAACGACUCUUCCGGUGAUCGGCGGCACAUGGUUCACCGGCAGCCCCGUGGUGGUUCAGUUCCUCGAGGUGGGGUCUGCGGUUUCGAUUAUUGAAAAUUUUCAAUCAAGUCAACUCGGCCAUCGAGGUUAUUGAUAUUAUGAAGAACUUUCUGGCUCCGCUUUCUUCAAGAAGAUGCACUUUCAUCUGCUCUGUUUCAGGGUGUGCCAAGAGGAGUGGGGAUGAUCUGGGACUGGGGAAACUGUUUCUCAAAUCAGGUAUAUGAGGCCAAUACAAAUCCUUCCGUAGGGUCUGGAUGUUGGUUGACUGAUUUUAUAGUGGUUUCAAUUCCCUGGUCUAAGAGCUGUUGGAGAAAAUGCUGAAUACCCUCUUUGUUUGGAUAAAAAUUUGAUUGGCACUACUAACCUGAACGAGAUUAUGACAAACUGCUGCUGCUAGAAGGUAGAUCGUUGAUUGUUGUCUCAUCUUCUGCAACUGGUUGCAGCCAGCGGGAAAAGGAUACCAAGUUUUGAAGAUUUAAUAUGGCCUUACCAACUUUUCAUGGGAGAAAUUAUUCGAGGUAUUGAAAAGUAGGGUUAGAUUGAAGAAUUAUUCUAUUGAGGUCCUGUUUGUGGUUACUGAAGCGGUAAAAUUGGUGAGACCAAUGGGCUUACUAAACAAUUUGUUGUCUUCAAUCAAAAGGAGGCUACCCAUACUUAAAUGUAUGCUUACGGGACAAAGAUGGCAGUGCUGUAACUAUCCAGCAUCUGUAUUUUACGGAUGGACUUGGUGAGCAGGUGUCCGUACAACAGAGAACUAGGUACUUCUCUUCAAUCAAAAUUUUAUCUAUGGAGUCGCAUUUAUUUGUGAAAGACGUACAAUUUUGGCCGGCUUAAUUACCAUAAAUAAACAAAAGUGAGAAUUCAUAGAUAACUCAGGGCUGUAAAUAUAUGAAAAUAGAAAUUGUGUAAAUGGACAUCGCUGGUUAAUAAGAUUUGAUUAUGUAAAACUAAAGAUUCAUUUAAAGCACAUGUAUAUUCAUAGUCCAGUACCCUUAUUGUAAGGGGAGUACAAACCAAAGACAUGGUUUUCUUUUGACUUCCCAAAUAGUUUUGUUUAUUUAACAACUAACGGUUUGCCAAGUGAAUAAAAAAAGGAACUGAAGGAGAAAAAAAAA